UUACAAACUUUUCAACGAUCAAAACAACUUUGUGCACAAACUGCAAUUCUCACACCCCUCUGUUCUAUACAUUAUGUAUUUAAAGAAGAUGACACCAAAAACGUUUUUCAAAAUGACAUCGUUAUCAAAAGCAGACGAUCAUGAAUCGUUUGCUAGAACCAAAGAAUGACUCCGUGGACCGUCAGGCCACAUUUGAAACAGAUUCCACGCAGGCGCGUCGUUCUCGAAGUGGUGGAAUUAAGAGGGGUGCUCUUGCACUUCCGGUCAUUGGGAGUGAUAGUUCUCUGAGGACUCCGCCAAUAAAAGAAGGAACAUUCGAGUCGGACACCCCAGAUAAUCAAAAGAACAAAAAGCAAAAACAGGAACAUAUUCAUGGUAAAAAUGGAAUAAAUGUUAAUUUGAAAAACAAGAACCAAUUAGACAAGGUAGAAAAGGCAAAUGACCUUUCAGUGAAAAAGAAAUCAUCAGAAAAUCUCGAUAAACGCGAUAAGACUGGUCACAAACAGGAUACGAAAACCGAUUCUAUUCCCAAGGAGUCAAAAUCUGCUUCAAAUGAUAAUAAUUCUAAAACCAAAGAACCUGUGACCAACACGAAGACAGUUUCAUUAACUACUAGUGUAAAGGACGCUGAAAACAAAGUAUCUGGUUCAAAAAAGUUAAAGGAAGAGAAACAACAGUUGGGACAAUUAGAACAAAAAUCUAAUGCGCAAAAUAAACCUGAAGCAAAAGUCAAAGGCGCUUCUAUAAAGCAAGACAACUUAAACGAAUCGCUAUCAAAAUCACGUGUCAAAAAAGAGUCUGAAGUAGAAAAGAAGAAAGAUAAACAAGUAAAGGGUGAAACAAAGGACACCUCAGAAAAGACUUCUCAAUUUACACGUUCGAGUAAUAAAGAAGAAGUAAACAAGACUGUAAAAAAUAAGGAAAAUCAAAGUAAUUCACGAAAUAAAAAGGAAACAGGUAAUAAAUUGGAUAAUGUUUCAAAGGCUGACGAGAAACCAACAACCGAAGUGAAAACUAAGAAUCCUUCACUGGAAGUAAAAAACAACCAUCAAAAACAAUCACAACAAGAAACUGCAAAGAUUAGCAAAGGUGAACAAUUAAAACAAAUUAAUAAAACAAAACAAGACCAUGAAAAGAAGACUACAAAGAAAAAUGUGUAUGAAAAUGAUGCGGUUUCGAAAUCUAGGGUGUCGGUAAAGUCAAUAGCCGAAGAAAGUGAAAAGGGUAAACAAGUGACGUUUGAUGUUGACAGUAGUGAGUUUGAUGCUGAUGCAAUAUCAAUAGAUUUGCUUCAGUUUGAGAGUACAGAUUCUAAUCUCCCCCCAACAAGCACUGCCUUAAAAGAUAGACAUUUAGAAUACAAUCACCAGAUAGAUAGCUUUGAAACGCAAACGGUACCAAAUCAUUCACAAAGUGUUGAGGAAAGUGUUCCUCAUGAUAAAAAACAUGCUUCUUCUUUAAAAGUGGAAGAGAAGGCAGAAGUCAAGUCUGAUAAGCAAACUAAAGAAAAAGCUAGUGUUAAGGACAAAUCCAAACAAAGCAGAGAGGAUAACGAUUUUAAAAAAUCCGGUAGUGAUCGAUCUCGUUUAGAAACUUCUGAAACAGGAACUAUUUCUGAUUAUAGCAAUUCGAAAACCAAUUUAUCUGUCAAUAGUUUCAAAGUACAAGAUAACAUUAGUGUGAAAUCCUCCUCGCCAACUAGAUCAGUACAUAGUGACCAUUCAGAUCACAUUGACAAACAUAGUCAAGUAAAUUCCUCACUGGGGAUAACUGAAAAACAACGUUCAAUUUCCACAGAAAAGCACAGUCAAGUAAAUUCCCCUGAAAAACAAACCCAAGUCAGUUCUCCACCAAGAAAAACACGAAAACAUUCAGCUUCCCCAGAAAAACACAAACUCACCAGUUCGCAAAUUGCCACUGCCAAGAGAGAGAAUUCUCCAGAGAAGCGUCCAAUUCCCUUGCAGUCUUUUUCUCCAGAUCUUGAUCGUUACGAAAGUUACGAAACAUCUGACAGUUACAAAAUGGAACCAUCGAAAAGCAAGCAACCUGGAGCAGAGAGAAUGACUGAGUCGUAUGAAUCGGUGUACGCAGAGCGAAAGACAUUGUUAGAUGCCGAAAUUACUUACAAAAAGCGAAUAAAGCAGUUAGAGGAUGAACUUAAUCAGUUUCUUCGUACAAUUGAAGACCUUCGCGCGGAAAAUAAAGCUUUAAGAUCGCGUAUUGAUGAACUAGAAUCGAACACGGAACCAGAUACCAAAAAACCUGUUAGCCACCAGAGUGAAAAUACUGUUGUAAUAGAUACAGAAAAAAUAGGUCUUGAAGCUAGAAUUGAAGAUCUCGAAAAGAAGAAUAAAGAACUGGAACAGAGAAAUUCAGAAUCGUCUGCUAAAGCGCGAUUAGCUGUUUCAGAAAAUAAAACGUUGUCAGGAGAUAAUGAAGAAUUGAGAAAAAGAAUUGAAGAUUUGGAAAAAAGGAAGGGAGUAGAAGAUGAAGAUAGAAAUUCUUCAAAAGACAGGCUACAGGGAGAAUCGCAGGAGACAAGCAAGGCAGAUGAAGAGAAUCAGAAACUGACUCAGGAACUAAAUAAAGUUAAAUCAGAACUCGAAUUAUCGAAAAAUGAAACCGAGCAGUUAAAGAAGGAAAACGAGAAGUACAAGAAACUUCAGGAUUUACAUUCAGAAGAGGUCGAAAAAUUGAAGCAGCAGAUUGUAGAUGCAAAAAUUGAAACUAAAAAGAUGGAAGUGGAAAUGGAAAAGUACCGUGAAUUGGUGACACCUCGUAAUGACGGUGCAAAAUCACCAAAUACGGAAAAGAUGGAAUUAAAGGCACAAAUCAUUGGUUUACAGACUGAUAACCAGUCAUUGAACGAAGAAAUUAUUAAAAUGAAGGCUGAACAUUUAGAAACGUUGAAGAAACUUCAUGAUUUAGAGAAAACAGCUAAUUCCUUUCAAACUAGUGUAACUGCUGUCGAGUCUGAAAAACUCACCGAAAUUCAGACUCUGAAAAACGAGAAUUCUAAACUACAAACGGAGAACAAGACAUUGCAAGAAACAUUAGCCCAAAAGAAAAUAGAGAUACAAGAGCUUAUGGUGGUAAUGAAAGACGAUAAAUUUGAUAAUGAGAUAAAAGACCUAAAUGAUGAUAAAACCAAGCUAACAAAGUCAUUAGAGGAGAAAGACGAGGAAAACCAGAAGCUCAAGAAGGAAAUUGAUGAUCUGAAAAAGAAAAACGAGGAACUGGAAAAGGACAAGAAAUUAUCACAAAGCAAUGUGGAGAGUUUGACAAAGCUGAGCGAUGCUCAAAAAGUGGAAAUAACCGAGAUACAGAAGAAGUUGGACGAAUCAAAGACUGAAGUCGCGGCUGAGAAAAAUAAAGUGGCUAAUCUGGCGAAGGCAGAGAAAGACAUCGAAGAAGCAAACUCUAGAGCUAGUAAAUUCGAAAAGGAUUUAGAAAAUGAGCGCAUUAAGAAUAGCAAAGAAUUGGAGGAAAUAAAGGCAAAACAUGAAAAAAGCAUAAAAGAAUUAAAUGAUUCUCACGAGCAAGAGACGGAAGAGUGGAGAAAGAAGUACAUAGAGCUCGAGAAGGAAAACCAAGAGGAAAUACGUCUUUUAAAGCUGGAAAUCGAAAGACUUAAGGGGGAGCUGGAGAAACUCAACAGUUUGAAAUCAUCUGUUAAGGAAUUGGAGGAGGCAAAGAGUGAAAUUUUGACUCUUCAAAAUAAAUACUCACAAGUAGUGAGAGACCUUGAAGAGAGGUCUCAGGUUGAAGAACGCAAUUUCGAAAUGUCCUUGAAAAUCGAUGCAUUAAAUAAGAAAGUUAAACAAUUGGAAAAAGAAAACAAAGAGAAUCUGGUUCAGAAGGAUAAUGCAAAUGACAUUGACUCUAGUGUAAAGCGUCUGACUGAGGAAAAUAAGCGUCUCCGGGAUCUUGUGGAGAAAGCUCAUCUGAAUACCAAAAUAGAAGUAUUGGAAAGGAAGCAGAAAGAUGCAGAGACGCGAGUGAAACAGUUGGAAGGCUGGGUAGGAGAUCUAUAUGAGGAACCCAAGGAACCCACUACGUAUGCUGGAAGACAUAGGGCUGAGAAAAAGAAGAAGCAGCCUUUCUCCAAAGCUCCUGUCCCAGCAGUAUCAGAAAAGACAAACAAACGACCGCGGAGUUUGGACGAGGUGAACAUCAAGAUAGAGGAAGAUAAAAUGACGCAUUCUUCAACUCCCUCCCUUCCAAACAUAUUUGAUCGUGAAAAGAAUCAACAACUUUCGUUUGGGCUGGGAUAUAGUCAAAUUCACAGACGUAGGCUUAAUACUUCGACUAAGUAUAAGCAUUAAAGACGUUGUGUUCUCUAAAUGACCUCUGAAUGUGGUCUGAUUCUAAAUUUCAUUGAUAAGCGAUUAUUACUUGAAAUACUCCAAGUAAUGCUUACCAAAUGGGCACUCGAAAUUGAUUGGUACGCAAAUAAAUGUGAUACACUUGAAAACUGACAAGUAGGAACCAGGCAUAUAGUUAUUGGAACGGAUGACAAAUGUCUGCUAUGCAAUGAACUUGUAUGUCUGUCCAUUUAAAUCUGUGAUAAAUGAAAGCAAUUUACUUUUCCACUGUAAAUUGAAUUCUUAUGUAAAUAAUGUUUAUUUAAAUAAAUUAUUGAUACAAAUCCAUCGUUUGUUUAGCAAGGUGUCAAGCAACCCACAAAAGACUAAU